AUGAGCGUCCAACCGGCGGAUUAUGAUUCGUUUGAUGAAGACGAUGGCCAACGAGAUCAAAAAGAAAACGCAGCUGCAAAUGACUCUUUCGACGAUCCUCCCGUUGAUAAUUUGACGGUGUCUUCACUUCAACAAACUACUGAGGGCCCCUUCAAGCCGGCGUCUGGCCAUGACGUUGGGUCCGCUCGUAUAGAGCAACCGGCAAGGAUAGUCCCGAGUCCUCGUGUCAUCAAGGCAACCGGAGAUGUUGAAAAGCCCACAGUGAGCGUCCGGCCGGCCGACUAUGAUUCGUUUGAUGACGACGACGGCCCAUCAAACCGAAAAGAGGAUCCAGUUGCCUAUGAUUCGUUUGACGAUGACGACGGCAAAUUGGACCAAAAAGAGAAUGAAGGCGGGUGGCGAUUUCCAACCUCCGCUGGCGAG